AACUGCUAGUUUUGGAACAAAUACAGCCUGAGACCACCGAGAUCUUUAAUGAAGGUUUUAGUGACCCAAACAUUGGACUUGUCAAUAAAUGUUUAAUGUCAGACUGUCCAUCACUGACCUGAUCUGACAGGGCACGUGUUUUUCCCUUUGUCCCACCCACACGAUAAAUCUUGUGAACACUUAGUAAGCAUCCGCCCAAAUACUGAAAAAAGCAUUACCUAAUACAUGUGUUUAUUAAAAAUAUAGGAAGCUGUGAUUGGUUGUGAUUUGGCCUAAGAGGUGGGGUUUUCAAAACACCAAGUCAAGUCACAUAUAAAUAUAGCAACACAGUGGUACAGUUGGGGACUUUCCAGGUCAAACUGCUGUUGAACCAUGGCAAAGCACUGGAGUUUCACGUCUUUCGUGGCAAUAGCCCUGUUAGGGUGCCUAUUUGCGAUAGAGGCUGAAGCUCAGAUCUGGACGAACGCUGCAACCGAAAUGUCAAAGGGUGCUCCACCUCCUCAGGAACCACAGUCUCGUCAACCUCCUCCAUCACUGAAGGCUCCUCAAAAUCCUCAGACGCCACAGAUCCAACCUGUACCUCGGCCUCAGCCUACGUACCCUAAGACGCCACAGGUCCAACCUGUACCUCGGCCUCGGCCUCAGCCUACGUACCCUCAGACGCCACCGGGCAAACCUGUACCGCAGCCUCAGCCUCAGCCCAAAUACCCUUAUACGCCACAGGUGCAACCCGUACCUCAGCCUCAGCCUCAGCCUAAAUACCCUCAUACGCCACAGGUGCAACCUGUACCUCAGCCUCAGCCUCAGCCUAAAUACCCUUAUACGCCACAGGUGCAACCCGUACCUCAGCCUCAGCCUAAAUACCCUCAUACGCCACAGGUGCAACCUGUACCUCAGCCUCAGCCUCAGCCUAAAUACCCUUAUACGCCACAGGUGCAACCCGUACCUCAGCCUCAGCCUCAGCCUAAAUACCCUCAUACGCCACAGGUGCAACCUGAACCUCAGCCUCAGCCUCAGCCUAAAUACCCUUAUACGCCACAGGUGCAACCCGUACCUCAGCCUCAGCCUCAGCCUAAAUACCCUCAUACGCCACAGGUGCAACCUGAACCUCAGCCUCAGCCUCAGCCUAAAUACCCUUAUACGCCACAGGUCCAACCUGUACCUCAGCCUCAGCCUCAGCCUAAAUACCCUUAUACGCCACAGGUCCAACCUGUACCUCAGCGUCAGCCUCAGCCUAAAUACCCUUAUACACCACAGGUGCAGCCUGUACCUCAGCCUCAGCCAUACCCUCAACUGUCACAGGAUCAAUCUAAACAAACUAAAUUCCCCUAUACACCACAGGUUCAACCUGUGCCUCAGCCUCAGCCUCAAAAUCCUCAAACACCACAGGUCUAUCCUCAGCCUCAGCCUAAAUACCCUAAAACACCACAGGUUCAACCUGUGCCUCAGCCUCAGCCUAAAUACCCUAAAACGCCACAGGUUCAACCUGUGCCUCAGCCUCAGCCUCAAAAUCCUCAAACGCCACAGGUCUAUCCUCAGCCUCAGCCUAAAUACCCUCAUACGCCACAGGUUCAACCUGUGCCUCAGCCUCAGCCUCAGCCUAAAUACCCUAAAACGCCACAGGUUCAGCCUGUGCCUCAGCCUCAGCCUAAAUACCCUAAAACGCCACAGGUCCAACCUCGUCCAGCACUUAAGUUUCCUAAAUAUCCUCAAGCACCAAAGUUUGGUGGAUAUCCACGAGCAUUUCCUGAUUCUCUGCAAGAACCACAGGUCCCUCAACCGCAGCAACCACGUCCGGAAUAUCCAAAGCAGCCUUCUACCCUGUUUUGUGAAGUGACAGAGAGCCAAAGAGUCCCAUGUGGAGCUUCUGAUAUUUCUGCUGGUGAAUGUGAAGCGAUUAACUGCUGCUUUGACGGAAGACGGUGCUACUUUGGAAAAGCAGUGACCGUCCAGUGCACCAAGGAUGCCCAGUUCAUUGUAGUAGUGGCCAGAGAUGCCACCCUGCCCAACAUUGACCUCGAGUCAAUCUCACUGCUGGGACAAGGUCAAGGCUGUACACAUGUUGACUCUAAUUCAGAAUUUGCCAUCUACCAAUUUCCUGUAACUGGCUGUGGGUCUGUUGUUAUGGAGGAGCCUGGUGUUAUCAUCUAUGAGAACAGGAUGUCUUCAUCAUUUGAAGUUGGAAUUGGGGAUCUUGGUGUCAUUACCAGGGACAGCAGCUUUGAAUUGCUCUUCCAGUGUAGGUACACCGGUCUAUCUGUUGAAACUUUGGUUGUAGAGGUACUGCCAUUGCAAGAUCCUCCUCUGCCAGUUGCUGCUCUGGGGCCCAUCAGUGUGCACCUGAGGUUGGCCAAUGGACAAUGCACUACUAAGGGUUGUAAUGAAGUGGAUGCAGCCUAUACUUCAUAUUAUACAGAGACAGAUUACCCUGUGAUCAAAGUGCUGAGGGACCCUGUAUAUGUGGAGGUUCUCCUACUCGAUAAGAUGGACCCUGCCCUUGUCCUGACUCUUGGUCACUGUUGGACAACCACAACCCCAAACCCUCACAGCCUGCCCCAGUGGGACAUUCUGAUAGACGGGUGUCCAUACAGGGAUGAUCGCUACUUGUCUCAGCUGGUCCCAGUUGAUGCAUCCUCUGGUCUGGAGUUCCCAGGUCACUUCAGGCGUUUCAUUUUCAAAAUGUUCACCUUUGUGGACAAUUCAAUGGAGCCCCUGAGGGAACAGGUGUACAUUCACUGCAGUACAGCUGUCUGCAGUCCUCGACCAGGUGGCAGCUGCGAACCAUCAUGCCAGAGGAUAGGAAAGAGAGCUGUCAAGGCCGAGGUCCAGAGGCUGACUGAGCCAAAGGCUGUGGUUUCUGUUGGACCCGUGAUCAUGGGUAUACCUGAACAGUAAACAGCUCAACUCAAGAAUUUCCCUGAGAACACUCAUUAAAAGAUUUGGAACA